AUCCUCUUGUCACCUUUUGUCACCAUGUGCUGUGUCAGACACCUGCCAUUGAUGGGUCACUAUCUGGGUGUUCAGAAACAGGAGAGGAAUAUAAGUGAACAUUUUUAAGCUGGAUGGAAACAGCAACUUGAAUUUAUUAAACAUUUUGGCACUUGCUAGGGCAGCUCUGACAGCAUCCUUUGCCUUUUGGUGAUACUGGGUAAGCACAUGAAUCUUCAGUCUCUUACUCAUUUUUCACCUGCAGACACCUAAGUGUGUUGCUUCCUGCAUCAGCUCUUGUCCCUGUAAAACCAACAGCCUGUCUCUGAGUCUUUUGCUUUGUAGUCAAUUAUAUUAUUUAUUUCAUAGUUUAGUUCACGUACAUUUCCCUCUUUCUCUCCCUCCCUGUUUUGGAGAGCUGAGUGAUCUGAUAACUUGAAGAUGCACCAGGGGUGUAUUCCUCUACUCAAGAAUACAGUGUAGGAGAGAGGCAGAGUCGUCUCCUCGGGGCACACGUACAAACACCUUGUCCCUGACGGUCCCAGCCGUGUUUGGCAGCGGUGCUGCCGUCACCCUGGGCUGGCUCAGUGCCACAGUCGAAAGGGAAAAGACGAUGCGACAGCCAGGGGGUUCGAACAGAGUGGUAGCUUGAAGCUAUCGUAACUUUAUUAAGCUAUGCCAGCCCUAUUUAUAGGGUGGCAGGGGAAGGUUCCAGAAACUGGGGAGGAGCGUGGGACAGACAGGAAUAUAGACCAAUCAGAAGGGAAAGGAGGGAAUAAGGAAAGAGUGGGAGCCAAUAGGGGAAACAUCUGCAAUGCAGCAGAUUAUAACAAAUCAGAAAAUAGGUAAUAAACAUGAGGGGAAAACUGUGAAAACAUUUGACAUAAACUGGGGUACAAUACAUUUAUAACUUUUGUUAACAAUUCUGUUCAGUGCUAGUCUGUAAAAUAGUCUCAAUCUUCAUAACUGGACACUGAAUGCUUAGAAUCCACGUCCUCCUCUGUCGCCACUUCAGCUAUGGUCUCUUGCAGCUGCCUUCUCCACCUUGCAAACUUCUCCUUUUCCUCCUCCGUGCUCCCCACAGCUCAGAGCUUCCAGCUCAGACUCAGUGCAAGGGUCGCCUGCACGUUUCUUGCUGGGUUCUGCUCACACCUUUGGCUGGUGUGAGCUCCAUGUGGCUGCCUGGAGUAUGACCUCAUGCCUUACCUGGUUCCCUGGUGACCCAGGUGCCCGGGCUCCGCUUUGGAACCCCACUGUUGCCCAAGGAACUCGGCAUUUGGGUGCUAGUUCUGGGGUCAUGGGGUGGUGGUGGGUGGCCCUGAUGCUGGUGCUGGUCCCCUGGCGCCCUAGAAAUGCUGGCUUGUGGCUGUGGGUGGCCCUGGUGCUCUGCCUCCCUGGGGUGCACUCCUGCCUGCUCUGCUUUGGGCCCCCCAGAGUGCGGGAACAGCUCUGCCGUGAGAUUACUGGGGCACCUGCCGAGAAGAUUGACAAUAAAAUAUGCCAAGAGAUCCUUGUUGAGGCUGCUGAACCACUUGCCUCUGUCACUGUGGGGGCGACGCAGCAUGAGGAACUUCAGUACAUCGUUGCGAAUGCUCUGUAUUAUGUAGUGAAGCAAAAGGACAAGAAGCCCUUUCACGAGGCCCUGCAGGAAGCUGUGGACGCAAUCUGGGUGAAGCUGAGCCAGAUGACGAAAGUUCCAGCCUGCGUCCCACCCUGUGGAUUCCAGCCAGAUGCCCGUGUUUUCCAGUGUGCUACUUGCCACUUUGCAGACUGCGAGUUUCCCCUGGACUGCCCAGUGCAGGACCUACAGACCUACCCGGAUAAGCCCAUUGUGCUGCACUGUGAUGUGCCCUUCUCCUUCCCCGGCAGCCAACCUGUCGCCUGGAUGUUUGCCCCAAAUCUGCGCACGCAGGACAUGUCGCUGUUCGAGGAGCUGAAGGGGAAUCCAGAGAACCCCUCCAGCCUGACCGUGGAGGAGCCCGUUCCAGGAACUGUUGCCUGUCGCCUGGGGGAAGUUUCCAAGCCCUUUGUCCGAAAGUUCUUCUACCUCAACGUGUCAGAGAGGAGCGUGGAGGAAGAGAAAGGGCUCCAGGCUAUGUUCAGUACUGUGCUGCCCUGGGUCCCCACCGAGACCCCCCGGGCCCCCAUACCAACAAUGGGGCUGGCACUGGGAGUUGCCUCCAUGGCACUUGUGCUGCUGGUGGUGGCCGUGUGGCAAUGUGCCCGCCGGAAAUCCCGUAGACGUGAACAACAGGGCACCCCAGAGGAUUCCCGAUCCCUGGAUUCACCCUUGGGACCUUAACACAUGGAUUCAUCCCCAAGGACCGACAUUUCUGCAUUUGGUUUCUUUGUGCUGGUUGUGCAAAUAGCAACAGUCUAGAAACAGAAAUAUAGAGUUCUGAAAAUCUGGA